AUGACGCUCGAAGCUCAUACAGGGCAGCUUGAACGACGUAAAUCAGGCUUCCGGCCCAACUGCCAACCACUAUCGAUUCAGCGUUCGUACAGGAAUAAGAAAAGAGUGGGUCCGGGUUCCCUCAAAGUAGAUGAAGUAUGGAAGCUCCGGGUCGGUUCAAAAUAUAUCUUCGAUACAUACCUCUCCUACAAAGACGGCGGAGUCAAGCUCGUACCCCGCCUGAUCGAAGAUUCGAAACCAUUCUUUUUCGAUCGUAGACUUAAAGGUAAUUUGGAAGCACACGUCAACUUCACGGACGAAAACAGCGUAGCAACGACUUUGAAGGAAAUGAGCGACUCGAUUGGAGAUGUUGAAACAAAUCUGGAAGCUCUCGACUCCGCCGUACGUUUUCUCUUGGCGAAGGGGCUAGUUUGGAAAAAGGAUGCCAACGGGAAUAAAGAACAACUGAAAGAUAAGUUGGAAAAGUGGAGCGCACUUUACAGUGAGAUGAAGCUGCUGGGUCCAGCUGGAGAUUCCGUAGAUCGCCUGGAAAUCAAUGUCAUGCUUACAGAGAAUGCUUGGGUGAUGUUCUUUGGUGAAUCGCUUGCCUUGGAAGCCAAGAUGAAUUCAUACAAACGUAUCGUGGAGGCAGCAAAAGUCGACAAUCCUGAAUUGCUCGAAGGCGCAUUGUUCCCAUUAAACGUCGUUGCUAACUUCAAGGAUCGCACGACGACUCUGAAGAUAUGGAGUCUACAGGCUGAUACAGAGUUGAAUUUCCUAGGGCAGGUUUUAGAGCUCUUAGCGAGAGAAAAGGCGCUUCUUAAUUCUCAGGGAAAGCCAUACACCACCGCGGCUCAGAUCCACAAAGACUUCAUAGCAUCCGUCAAUAAGUAUGAACAGAGGCAGAAGGAGAGAGCCAAGGUCAAGGGCCCGAAGAGAGCUGAGGGGAGGCAAUCCAAAGGAUCAUAG